AUGGCGAAGUGCGUGGGCCUGAAAGAGAAGUCGGCAUGGACAACUCUGUCCAUACCUCAAGAAUUAUUCAACUCACAACAGUUUGAUCAUCUAGUGGAAAUUCAGGAGUUAACGGAUUAUGAAUUGCUACAUUCCGAUGUAGAUUUGAAUGUAAGUACAACGAUUUCAAAAUUAAACUUGCUGAGCAAGCGGAAGCGACCAAGAAAAUGGUCCGAGACAGUCGCAGUCGCCACUGUUGGUGUAGUAGAACCUUCACAUAAACAGUUAAAGAAGAAAAGGAAACAGGCUGAGACAGUCGCAGUCUCCACAGUUGAUGUAGUAGAGCCUUCAUAUAAACAAUCAAAGAAGAAAAGGAAACAGGCUGAGACAGUCGCAGUCUCCACAGUUGAUGUAGUAGAGCCAACACAUAAACAAUCAAAGAAGAAAAGGAAACAGGCUGAGACAGUUGUAGCCUCCACAGUUGAUGUAGUAGAGCCAACACAUAAACAAUCAAAGAAGAAAAGGAAACAGGCUGAGACAGUUGUAGCCUCCACUGAUGAUAAAGUAGAACCUUCACAUAAACCAUCAGAGAAAGUCAUAAACCAGAACUAUGCUCAAAGUCAGGUAUUUACAGAGAGGCCAGCAACUGAAGAUUGCAGUGUUGACACCAGCAAAAGUCACCAGAAUGAUGCAGAUAUGUCACAGUGGAAGAACCUCUAUGUGCCUGAUGUGCUCCUGCCAGCGUUAAAAGAUGAGGGAUUUGAUGUUCCUACGCCAAUACAAAACUUGGUCCUUCCUAGCGCUAUCAGAGAUAUGAGGGAUAUCCUGGCAGCAGCUGAAACAGGCAGUGGGAAAACUUUGGCCUUCGGUAUUCCCAUUUUUGCCAGAAUUUUACGCUCAAGAUUAGCAGCUGCAAAAACAAAGUCACCGACAGAGGAAGAUGACCUGGAUACACAGCCACCCAUGGCCUUGAUACUGGAGCCCACACGUGAGCUUGCUGUGCAGGUGAAGCGACAUCUGACCGCUCUAGGCAGGUACACUGAUAUCACAUUUGCCACUGUUGUUGGUGGGAUGUCAAUUGAGAAACAGAGGCGUGUCUUGGGAAAACGUCCACAUGUGAUCAUAGCUACACCCGGCCGACUGUGGCAGCUUGUUGAGGAGGGUAAUGAACAUCUGUGCCAGAUUGACAAAGUUCUAUGUUUGGUAGUCGAUGAGGCUGAUAGGAUGAUUGAGAAGGGACAUUAUGUAGCGAAUAACCGACAGACAUUCGUGAUGUCGGCCACAUUAACCAUGGAUGUUACAACACCAAAGCGACUGACAAAAAAGAAGAAAAAAAAAAUCUUGACAGAACGUAUUUGUAUAGGCCAGAAGCCAAAAGUGAUAGAUCUGACACCAAAGGAUAAAGUUGCUCAAACUUUGACUGAACUACGAGUCAAUUGUAAAGCAGAUGAGAAGGUAACUUUUCAAUGUGAUUUUAUUCUUCAAUCCUACUUUUUAUGCUACUUUUUAUGCCACCAUCCUGGGCGGACUCUGGUGUUUGCCAACAGCAAGGACUGCUUGCGGCGUCUGGUAGCCUUAUUGACGCUCUUGAAGUGCUGUCCGUUGCCCCUUCAUGCUGACAUGCAGCAGAGGCAGAGGUUGAAAAAUCUGGACAGAUUUGCAGAAAAUAGCAGAGGAUUGCUGGUGGCAUCAGAUGUGGCAGCGCGAGGCUUGGACAUCGCUAAUGUAGAUCAUGUCAUCCAUUACCAGGUGCCCAGAACAAUGGAGAAUUACAUCCACCGGAGUGGUCGAACUGCUCGGGCUUCAAACCUGGGCCUAAGUGUCAUGUUGGUGUCACCAGAGGAUGCCAGAGAUUACCGUAAAAUUGUCCAUGGUGUCAGGAAUGGUGAAGAACUGCCCAUACUGCCUGUGGACAUGGAUCUGCUUCCAGCUGUGAGGCAACGUGUAGCCCUGGCCAGGAACAUUGAUGUCACUGAGUACAGAUUGAAAAAGAAACGCCUGAGGAAUAACUUUUUCACUAAAGCGGCAGAAGAAAUGGAUAUGGUCAUUGAUGAGUCACAUCUUCUGGAGGAUACUGGCGAUGAGGUGAUGCAGGCAGAGGAGAAACAUUUGCUGAAACAGAUGAAGGCUCAACUAUCUUCCAUGUUGCAGCGAUCUCUGGCACCACAACACAUGACCAAAUACCCAACCAAGUCUGGGCACUUACUUUCUAAGACAGUUGUGAAUUUACAUCGUAUCAAAUGA